AGUAUCACAAAUAUUUUCAUCCUGAACCUGGCCUGCUCUGAUUUGAUCUUCACCAUCACACUUCCAUUCUGGGCUGUUGAUCACCUACACCACUGGGUCUUUGGGGACUUUGUCUGCAAAGUUAUCACUGCUGGAUUCGCUGUUGGUUUGUACAGCAGUGUCAUUCUGCUGACUGCUAUGACAGUGGAUCGUUUUACUACUGUUGUACUGCACAACUGGCCAAUCAGCCAUGCCAGAGUGAAGAAGUGUGCAAUUGGUGCCUGUAUAGCUGCCUGGGUCAUCAGCAUCUUAGCGUCCCUGAGUGAUGCAAUGAAAGUAAAGGUUGAAAGCUCAGAAGAAGGUAAAAACUAUUGCGAGCCUGAAUCUGAAGACACGCUUGGACAUUAUCUCCAAGUGUCACUGCUAUUCUUCCUCCCACUGGCCAUCAUUAUUUUCUGCUACUCUGCCAUCCUCAAGACAGUUUUGCAAGGUUUAAACAGAAGGAAGUUCAGGACUGUGGCUGUGCUGUUGUGUAUUGUUGCAGCAUUUUUCAUUUGCUGGGGGCCAUACCAUAUUAUGCUUUUAAUCAAGUCUCUCAAUACAAACAAUGAUUGUAAGGUACUGAAACGGUUAGCAGUUGCCUACCAUAUCUGUGAAAUGCUUGCCUAUUCUCACUGCUGUAUGAACCCUCUGCUAUAUAUGCUCUCGCAGAAGUUGCGAAAGCAUCUGUUGAGUCUUUUGCGCUGUGAAAAAGUGAACAGGAAGAAGAGAGAGAGAAGCACCAGCCUGAACACUUCACAACAAUUCACACUGCAGAGCUCUGCUAUUUAGA